AAAGAUAAGAGCAAAAUACUUUAUUCCAACAAAAACAAACAAAAUUACCUUACCAAAAAAAAAAAUUGAAAGAAGUAAAGCAUAUGUGACCGACUCCAUCCAAUUUUGUUUGAUUCAUUGAUUCCCAUUUCCCACUCUCCUCACUAUCACAGAACAGAGGAGCUGUUGCUGUUGCGUGUGUAACCCGAUUCGGUGGUUGCUUCCAUUCCAACCACCACCACCACCACCACCACCGCCACCAUGCCAAUCAACAACCACCACCUCCACACUCCACUCCGUUCAACCACAUCAUCUUCCUCUUCAUCCCAUUCUUUCACCUCAAAGAUCCUCCUCCUUCUCACACUCCUCCCUGUCUCCUUAGCAACUAUAGCAUUCAUCCUUCAAUGGCGUGGUGGCAUAACCGAUCCAUCCACCCUUUUAUCUCCUCAUGGCUCUCAUAAUUUCCCUGGCAUGGAAUCUUCUCCUAUUCCCCCUUUCUCUCAUUCCACUUCUCAUUCUUCUGAUUGUCUUAACCUUGGUCGUUCUUCUUCACCUUCUUUUCCUUAUUAUCAUAAUUGGAAACUUGAUUUUGGUGAUUCUCUUACUCCAAAGAUCUGUGUCACAUCUAGUACAUCUGCCGGGCUUGAGCAGAUUCUUCCCUGGAUGUUUUAUCAUAAAGUCAUUGGAGUGACAAACUUUUUUCUCUUUGUGGAAGGGAAGGCUGCUACUCCCGAAGUAUCAAAGGUCUUGGAAUCAAUUCCUGGUGUAAAGGUUAUAUAUAGAACAAGACAGCUGGAAGAACAACAAACUAAGAGCCGUAUUUGGAAUGAGACAUGGCUGUCAAGUUUCUUUUAUAAGCCAUGCAAUUAUGAACUUUUUGUAAAGCAAUCCCUCAAUAUGGAGAUGGCCAUUGUUAUGGCAAGGGAUUUAGGCAUGGACUGGAUUCUUCAUCUCGAUACAGAUGAAUUAAUACACCCGGCUGGUGCUCGGGAGUAUUCUUUAAGGCAGUUGCUUCUUGAUGUUCCAGGAAAUGUUGAUAUGGUCAUAUUUCCCAACUAUGAGAGCAGUGUUGAGCGAGAAGAUAUCAAAGAACCAUUUAGUGAGGUGACGAUGUUUAAGAAGAAUUAUGAUCAUCUUCCAAAGGAUACAUACUUUGGCAUGUACAAAGAUUCUGUCCGUGGUAAUCCAAACUACUUCCUGACUUAUGGAAAUGGAAAAUCAGUUGCACGUGUACAAGAUCAUCUUCGGCCUAAUGGUGCACACAGAUGGCAUAAUUAUAUGAAAACCCCAAAUGAAAUCAAAUUGGAAGAGGCUGCUGUUUUACAUUACACAUACGCCAAAUUCUCGGAUUUAACGUCUAGACGUGAUCGUUGUGGUUGCAAACCUACAAAAGAAGAUGUCAAAAGAUGCUUCAUGUUGGAAUUUGACAGAUCUGCAUUCAUCAUUGCUUCGACUGCAACUGAAGAAGAAAUGUUGAAGUGGUAUAAUGAGCAUGUUGUGUGGGGUGAUAAAGAGCUGAAGAUAAAACUGUUGAGGAAGGGAAUAUUGACUCGCAUAUAUACUCCCAUGGUCAUAAUACAAAGUUUGAGGGAAUCUGGAGUAUUCAGUUCUGUAAUUGCAUCAGCACCAAAAAUUUCGAAAGAAAAGUUUUUGCAUUCAAUUGAUAGUAGUAAUUCAACAAGAGCUGUUGCCUCUAUAUCCCUCCCAUCUAGAAAGAUUGGAAGAACCAAAGAAUCUCAAGCAACUGCUAGGAAGACUUUGGAUUUUGAAUCUGCUGUAUUUCAAGAAUUGGCUGUACCGCCGCAGUCUCCGCCAGGAGUAGUAGAAGAUAGUAACCUCAUUUCACACUCAUAAUCAGUUUCAAGACCACCCUUUUUUAUCCUUCCAUAGGUUGAUAUGUCAUAUUGUUUUUGUCAUUUUUCUGUAUAGAGUGCUACCAUUGAAUUCUAUUUUAUGUAUUUUUCUUAAUAUUUGUUAUUAGGAUAACAGCAGUUUAUUUCACUCACCAUAUUGAUUGUUCUCUGGUAUUAUAUACAUAUAUUUGACUCUUUGCUAAUGAUGUUCAAGUAUAUGAAUAUAUUAACAACCAUGAAAGACAUGCACUUGUGCAUGUUAGAAUUGGUCAUGACAUAUAUUAGUGAUCGUGAAUUAUUAUUAUUAUUUUUUUUUGUUGAUGUAAGUACUUAAAGAAAUCAGAACCAUAUAUAGUGUCUAA